UAGCCGAGAGGAGUCUUUAAUUUUUAAUUUUUAAUUUUUUUAUUCAUUCGGAAAGAAAUAUACUCAUGGACGGUCUAAAUUGGACUCCCGAUUUUCUGCCGCUGUGGCCCGACUCUAAUUAUCGAAGAGAAUUUGCGCGCAGUCUUUCCGAAUAUAUCAUUGACAGAGACAGGAAAUAUCCUACGGCUGAGCCAGGAAUGUGGGAUCCAGAUAUGCCGCUGCCCCCCAAGGUCCGGUCCUACUUUUCCGAUUGUGUGAAGCAAUUCGUCGAGUCCCUUUUCGAUGAGCUGUUCCGAAGACACCAGCCCGAGCAAUUCGUCGCGAUGGAGGAUAAUUACGCAUUGGAGAGGUUUCUGCACCAGCCCUACCCUAACGAGGAGCCCUUCAAUCCUAUGGCCCUAACUACGCUACGUGAAAACCAGAGCCAUGGGGAUACCUCGGGUGGGUUCAACGGCCAGAGCCCUUCGACGGCAGAUCCCAGGAGGCCUAUCAGAGAACUCCACCGUCAAGGCGCGGUUCACCAAGCCGACCUUUUCCAGGCAGCGUUCAGUCCGGAUGUGUUCGCUCGGGGAACCCAUGGAGCAAACCUUGCGGAGCAGAUGGAAACCGUUACCGAGAUCAUGAGCUCUAGGAAGAGCUAUGUUGAGCCGCUUUACCAGGAGGGGGCGUUGGCCCCACCGCCACCGCAGUACACAGUUAUGGGGUCUCAUAAUUCUGGCCGCCCCGGGGGAAGCGCCUUGGGGAGAAGACGGAGGGCCUGUAGCGGCGAAGAAAGCGCUUCCGCUGGCUCGCAAACUGCCGCUCGCAGAACAAAGACGAAGCGGAACCAGCCACCCCCGAAAACUGCUCUUGGGGGAGCAGGCCAAAGCUCCCGGAGCCUUGGGGCGAACGUGGGGAGUGUCGAUGAGAACCCAAGGAAUACGAGCGGCGCUGGGACGGGUUCGAAGGAAAGUUUCAAGCAUGAAUGCGAACAGUGCGGGGAACGUUUCGAGUUCCCGGCAAGGCUCAAGUGCGAACCACUCGCUGUCUCUCUCUGAGCAUUAGGGUUAGGGCUAAUAAUGAUUAGAAGCCACAUGGAGACCAUAUCCCAUGCUGAGCGGAAGUAUCAGUGUGAUCGCUGUGGAUCAGUAUUUUCUCGGAAGAGCUCAUUGAAGAGACACCUGGAGGCGGCGACUGCGUGCAAAUCUAAGGUCCAGAGUGGAAACGAUUCCCCUCCCCCGUCGGCAUCCGAAUCUGGAGCUCGUGAUGCCGCCUUCCGUAGCGCGAGGCCACCUUCCAUAGCGUCGCCCAGCCACGGUGAUGUAAGCCCUUCAAUCGCUGGCGAUCAGUCUGUUAGCUCCCGGAAUCAGUAUCGUUCGGCUUUUCGCCCUCGAGCACCGUUCGGAGGGGAUAGUCAUUUGUCUCCAAUGGCCCGGGUAUCCUCUCAACAACACCGUCCGUUUCAACCAUCGGUAGCCUCCCGUAGCUCACACCGCCCAUCAAGCGCCCAUUCAUACAUAAAUCCCAAGAUUCUCCAGGAAAUGAGCGAUGGAUACAACAAUUGAGAUUAGAUCCGAACGGGCAAUGGUUGCGGUGCAUGAG